AUGGCUCGCCGGCUCGUCCGAACGGGCGUUCAGCUCGGCGUUCUAGUAACGUUUGCGCUCCUUUUAGUCGUCUUCCUCGACAGCAAGUUCCGUGUCCUACCAGCGUCGAUCCAUGGCCACCUCCCCAUGCACUAUUCCGGCUAUGUGAUCACUGAUGUGACCAUCACCCAGUGUUCCUCACUCAAUCCCUUCUCGAGUUGCAAAUUGGACCCCGAUGCCUGGUACCGCAUCGAAAAGGAUCUCUAUCUCCGCACCGGCUGGACCUCAACGGCGUAUAUCCAGUUCCAGCGAAAGAAGGAGGAAGAGUUGGGUCCGGAUGACAAGGUGGUCAUUGACCUGAAGAUUAGUCGCCUGACCCCGCCGACCGAGUAUACUCCCAAGGGAGAGGAUGAGGCGUGGGAGGCUCGGCCGGGAGGCAUCUGGUUGAGGCGGACGGCCUCGCGCCAUGCCAGUGAUUCUGAGAAGGCGGUCACAUAUGUUGAUGUGCUCUUCGGCGCGGACGCUGUCGACCCCCGUCCUAAUUGGGAGGUCAAAGACACUCCCUUGUUGUUGGAUGGAUGGACAGAGAAACUGGAGACUCGUCUCAGCAUUCGACGUGGCAACCCCCUGAAGAACAAGAAGCCUACCCCUCGGAUCAACGAUAAUGGGAGGUUCAAAGUCAUGCAGCUGGCGGAUAUGCAUCUAAGCACGGGUCUUGGUUCUUGCCGUGACCCUGUUCCUGCCGAAUUGGUGCCAGGACAAAAGUGUGAAGCUGAUCCCCGAACCUUGGAAUUUGUGGAGCGACUUCUUGACGAAGAGAAGCCGGACAUGGUUAUCCUGAGUGGAGAUCAGGUGAACGGAGAAACCGCUCCUGAUGCCCAGAGUGCCGUGUUCAAGGGCGUGAAGCUCCUGGUCGACCGCAAGAUACCUUACGCUGUCAUCUUUGGCAAUCAUGACGACGAAGGUGACCUUAACCGAGCACAGCUCAUGUCUAUCUACGAAGACCUGCCGUACUCUCUUUCAACCGCCGGCCCGGAAGAUAUCGACGGAGUCGGUAACUAUAUUGUCGAGGUUCUCGACCGCGGCGGUGGCACGCAUUCAGCCCUCACUUUCUAUCUCCUUGACACCCACGCCUAUUCGCCCGAUGAGCGGCAAUUCCGAGGCUACGACUGGAUCAAACCGAGCCAAAUUCGCUGGUUCAAAAACACCGCCCAGAGCUUGAAGAGGAAACACCAGGAGUACUCUCACAGUCACAUGAAUAUGGCUUUCAUUCAUAUUCCCCUUCCCGAAUACCGAAACAACGGCAAGUUCGUCAAGGGUGAGUGGCAGGAACCGCCUACCGCGCCUGGAUUCAAUUCUGGCUUCAAAGACGCCCUAGAAGAAGAGGGCGUCUUGUUUGUCAGCUGUGGACACGAUCAUGCCAACGACUACUGCAUGCUUGAGCAGGAUUCCGACGAGAAACCCUCAUUAUGGAUGUGCUACGGUGGCGGAGUCGGUCUGGGCGGGUACGGUGGAUAUAACGACUACGUUCGCCGAGUCCGCUUCUUCGAUUUCGAUAUGGGCCCCGGCCAAGUGAGGACGUACAAACGUCUUGAAUGGGGACAAACAGAAGCCAAGCUCGACGAGAUGACCAUUGUCGAUGGCGGUGCUGUCAAAGGCCCCAGCGAAUAG